CCGGCUCCGGCCGUGUCCGACCCGUGCGGUGGAGCCGCUGCCCGGCCUUCGGUGCGGGUCCUUUGGACGCUGCCGGGACGCCCUUUUCGGGUGUUCGCGCUGGCACGUGUGUUUUUCUGCCGCGGAUCUCUGAUAGGAAGCCUCGCUACAUCGAGUUAGCGAAACCCAUCAAUGAAGUUAGCAAAGCAGUGUCCCGAAGAGAUCGUUUUUCCUGAAUUUAACAGCGUGAAGGGCACUAUGAACGAAGAGGAGCAGUUUGUAAACAUUGAUUUGAAUGAUGACAACAUUUGCAGUGUUUGUAAACUGGGAACAGACAAAGAAACACUCUCCUUCUGCCACGUUUGUUUUGAGCUAAAUAUUGAGGGAGUACCAAAAUCUAAUCUCUUGCACACCAGAUCAUUAAGGGGCCAUAAAGACUGCUUUGAAAAAUACCAUUUGAUUGCAAACCAGGAUUGUCCCCGAUCUAAACUUUCAAAAAGUACUUACGAAGAAGUUAAAACUCUUUUGAGUAAGAAGAUAAACUGGAUUGUACAGUAUGCACAAAAUAAGGAUCUGGAUUCAGAUUCUGAAUGUUCUAAAAAUACCCAGCAUCACCUGUUAAAUUGCAGGCAUAAGCCAGAUAAAAAGUUACUCCCACAGUUUGACUCUCAAGUACCAAAGUAUUCUGCAAAGUGGAUAGAUGCAAGCGCAGGCGGCCUCUCAAACUGUUCACAAAGAAUAUUGGAGCAGCGGGAAAAUACAGACUUUGAGCUUGCUGUGUUGCAAGAUUCAGGUGCCACUUUAUGCCACAGUAGUGUAUUGUGGCCUCAUAGUCACAACCAGGCACAGAAAAAAGAAGAAAUAAUCUCCGAUCCAGAUGCUAACGUCCAGGCCCAGCAUCCACAUUACAGCAGAGAGGAAUUGAAUUCGAUGACUCUUGGUGAGGUAAAGCAACUGAAUGCAAAGCUCCGACAGGAAAUACAGGAAGUUUUUGAAGAGUUAACACACCAAGUGCAAGAAAAAGAUUCUUUGGCCUCAGAGCUCCACGUCCGCCACGUUGCCAUCGAACAGCUCCUCAAGAACUAUUCCAAGUUACCGUGUCUGCAAGUGGGGCGAACAGGAACAAAGUCACACCUACCCAUAAACAACUAAACCAAACUUAACAUUUCCUUCCUUGGCCCUCAUGCCCCUACCAUGUACUGGUCUGCCAGGCAUGACAACUUUAAAGAAGUUGAAGAAAGUUAUUGGUCCCAUUUUUUUAUGGUCCUUAAAUUUGCAAAGCUGAAGGCACUAUUUAACAUCUUUGUCAAAUAAAGCAGAUCGUUACACUCUAGUCUUCUAGGAUUAAUCAUUUUGGUUCAUUUUGGGAAUCUUUCUUCCCAUUAUUACUAAAUAGCCCUCCCUAACUUACCACAUGUGACUACUGUUACAGUGUGAUUUGAUUAAACAUUUUAAUGCAAUUCACCUGUCAAAACAAUAGAAAAUUAAACUCCUUAGAUUAGUCUGAACUACUAAAGAUAACUUUUAAGAGGGAAAUGGAAUUCAUAAUACACCUCUUAUUUAUUAUGAGCAAUAUUUUAAUAUGAAAGUUUUAUAUAUAUAAAUGCUAUUUUAGGUACCUUUCCAUUCUCUUUAUAAAUGUGUAUUUGAAUGCCUCUGUAUAUUAUAUUUACACUUUUCCUGUGUGGAUACGUUCACUCAUAUUUCAGAUCACUGCAUUUUAUUCUCUUAAUACACUCUUUUUACUAUUGUUUUCCAAAGAUAAAUGUAUUUUGAAGUAGAAAUCUAUCUAGUUGAAUUGUUUUGACUUCUAAUAACUCUUAGGAAAGAGGAAUUAAUAACUUUUUAAAGCAAAUAUCCAAGAAAAAAAGUACAUUAUUUUUUUCUAACAAAAGCAGUUCUGAGUUUGUUCAGAAAGAAAAUGCUAAUCUAGUUUUCAUAUGUCAGCUUGUCUCCAUAAAAGUAAAAGCCUGUUAUAUUUCAUUAUUACUUCCAUUCUAAUGACUUUGAUGUGUUAGAAUUUGGACAGAGUAAGUCACGCCUCACUUCCAAGUCCAGUGUAACAUCUGUCAAAUUGAAUAUGCUGCGAAAUUGUUGUCCUAUCUUUAAAAAAAAACUUAAAAAUUCUUCUGUGUGCUACUUCAGAUAUAGGUUCAAGAAUUCUUAAACUGUCCAAAUUCUCUUGUCAGUAUUACUGACCUGAAAAAAGCAUUAUGAGGUGUUUUUCUAAAUUUUAGAACUUAAAGAAGAAGAGAAGACUGCUUGACACAGGAAAACAAAACUCUAAUUCAAAAAAAUAAGCCCAUUUUAAAAGGAUAUUCUUGUAAGUUGCCUGUGAUGUUUCCAAAGAAUUCUGAACUAGUAUGUCGUCUCAGACAGCUAGGUAAGUUUUAUAACAAUGUAUUAUAUAGUAAAAGCUAUAACCAAUACAGAAUUAAAAUGGGCUCUAAAUUCUGUUUUGUGUUGGUGCUAGAAUAUAUUUAUGAGGUAAAAUCUUUGCUUGAAAGAAUCUACAGAAAAGCCCAUUAACUUGGCGGCUUCAUGCAUAAAGAUAUGAAUGACUUCUAUUUUAAAUUUGGCAGCCUGCUCUGGCUUGGGUCAGAGUUUAGUCUGAACACAAAACAGUAUUUGACUAAGCAAAGAAACGCCUCAGUCUAGUAGAAAAUAAUUUUUUGUAAUACUAAUGUGUUAAAUUUGCCUGAGAGUAUUAAUUGAUAUCUCAAUUGAUUUCAUUUUGUUUUCUUUUAAGUCUGACAUAACUGCUUUUCAGAGGGAGCUUUUGAAAAAUACUUUGAAUUUCUCUCAGUUUUUCGAGGCAUCCAAAAUGAAUUUGAAAUCCAGGGAGUGUGGGGAUACAUUGCCUUAGUUUUGAUAAGCUUUAAACUGAACGUGUGCAAUAUCAAAAUCUUUAUAAAUUUACAAGUUAAAUAAAGACAUUUCCUGAUGAUGCCAGUAAAUAUCUUAGUAAGUGCUUAGUUGUUAGGUCACAUUUUUUUAAUUUGACUUUACUCUUUUUUUGGCAUAAUUCAUCAAGAAUGUUUCCAGCCAGUGUGCUUGCACACAUUUGUGCUUCUAUUUAGAUCACUUAGGGACAGUCAUAAAAGUUUGGGAUGUGUUGCAUUUGAUAUCAGUAGUAGCCUAUUUCCAGAGUAUGAGCCAUAUGGUGCAGUCCUAAAUGCAACAGUGUUAAUCCAAAGAAAAGGGUUUGCUUUGUUUUUGGCAAAUAUGUAGCUUUACUAAUGAGUUUGGAACAAUUGGGUGGGAUUGUGCAUGUACUAAGUAAGGUCUUAACUGAGGAUUCUGAUUUAUUUCAUUUAGAUAUUUCUACCUAAGCUCUUCAAAGGAAAGGUGCUGUAAACAAUCUGCGGUGCUGGUACUCAUAUUAGUACUUUAUUUGAAUGAAUACUGUAGUGAAAGAAUUUUUCUUGAAGGACUUUGCACAGUAGUUUAUCCAACCAUUUGGUAAACUUUGAUUCCUUUGUUAGUUUUCUUGAUUGAAUGAAGAUGUAGUUACUGUAUAUGCUAAAAGGAGGAGAAGGGACAGAGUUGAGUUCUGAGAGAAUAUGAAAAACUACAAAUAUUGUUACCAUCCUUGGCUAUUCUUCUGUACAGUUGUUAGUACUUUUUGAGGAAGUUUAGAAGAAAAUCUCAUAUAUACCAUCAGUUUCAAAAAUGGCAAAAGGGAGAAGACCGCCAGUCUAACAUUUCCAGAGCUUAUAUUAUUAAGGGGAGUGAAAUAAAACUAAUGUUUUUUUAUGUUAGAUUUCAUAAUUUUAGACAAAUUGGAUGGAGUUUUAAAAAUCAACUUGAAGUCCAAAGUGAUUUUGACCACACGAGAUUGUUCACAUUAGAGAUUAAAGUUUUCAAAUUUGUUCAGACUUUUAAUUAAGGUAAAAAUCUAUUUUAAUUUUGAGGUUAUCACCCUUUGACCCUAACAUUUAAUAUCCAAAUUAGUCUUUCUUUUUUUUUUUAAGAAAAAAAAGGUAUGCACUUAGGACAUCACUUAGGUGAUACAGACAGCAAAAUAGUGUUUCAUUCCAUUAUGUAGUUCUUAAAUGUUGGAGCAAAGAAAUGUUCUUAGUUUUUCAAAUUUAUGCGCAUUUCACCACAAAGUGCCCAUUUUUACAUACACUUGAGAAUUAUUUUUAAAAUAAUAAGUUCAUGUUGGGAAGUGAUUUCAAAAAUAUAGUCAAAAUAUAUUUUAUUGGCGUCUUGACAGGCAUCUUGAGAUUUCCUGGGGUUUUCAUCUGACCACAUUGUUUAACACUGAAAAUGGUUUAAAGUGCUUUCUUUUCUCGUUUAGAUAUUUUUUACCUUGGCAUUUACACUGUUGAGACUUGUCAGUUUUUGCUAGGAUUUUUUAAAUUAAUUUUUGAGGAUCUGUUUGUGUUAAUGUUUACCAGUUUUGCUUUUACUUUGUUUUGUAUUAAUGUUAUAAAAUUCAAUUUAAAAUGUAUACGCUCUAAAUUUAAGUAAGAACUAUUAAAGAAUAAAUUAUUUGUAUCGCUUAGAAGGAGGUUCAGUUGGUGACCAUAAAAUUGUGACAUAAAAGUUUUCAAAUGGGACAGUGUAAAGGUCUAAUAGUGUUUCUUUUUUUCUGAUUUACUGACAGAUAUUGCUUAUACUGAAGUAAGAUAUCUGAGUAUUUUUAAGUACUUAAUAAAAAGUUUAGUACUCUACAAUUUUUUUAAUUUUAAUUUUAAUUUUGUUAUUAACUUCAGGUUGGUGGGAAUAAUUAUGGAGGAAAUUUGUGGUGAGAAUCAGUGAGAGAUAAAAUCUUCAAAGGUUAUUCUUGCCAUGUUAAGUUUUGUGGUGGUAGCAUGGGAAAGAGUUUAUUUACCAGAAUAAUAAGGUAAUAGAGCUCCAGCACAAGGAAAGGUACCUUGGAGGAGGGCUCUAGUACUGUGGAAUAACGAGGGUCUGUCCUACAUCUCAGUAUUUCCAUUCACUUCAUCCCUUCCUAAUUGCCCUUAUUAUAGAAUUUAGUCUAACGUAUUAAGCAACUUAGUCAUCUUGCUAUGAACCAAUCAUAGCAAGUCUCUAGCAUUAGAUUUUUUUUUAGCACCUAGCUUGUAACCUACUUUUCCCUAUUCUUUUUGGUUUAAAAAGAGUCCAGCCUACGAAUGCAUUUUAGUAAUACUGAAUUAGUACACAAUUUUAAGCUUACCAAAGUAAAACAAAAAAAUCAUGAAGAUGUGUAUUCCCCACCCCCCUAAAUUGUUAGUUGAACUUUCCUCAGCUGCACACACAGCAAAGGGAAUUUUAGCAAAUGUGUGUUUCUUUUUUCAAACUUGUGUAGAAUGUUUAUUUCCGUCUGCUGCCUCCAAAAGAGGCAGUUUACAAAGUAUUCAGUAGUGACUUCUGUUUAAAUGCUGCCAUCCCUACUUUUAUAGUCCGUAUGUGUGUGUUAACCUUGUUUUAAAGUAGCAUAUACUAGAUCAUUGAACUUAUCUCUCUUUGCUGUUAGAAAUUUAUGUUACAAAAUUGUGCUAGGGUCUUUGGGAAAAGAAAAUGAAACUACUGGUAAAAAACAAGUUGGUUUUAAGAGGGUUUCAGACAUUACUGGGUAUUUUUUCUUUUAAAACUGCAAUAAUUUAUAUAUUUGUAUUGUUCUGCUUUGGAACUGUAACUGCAUAUGCUUGUCUAUUUUUAAUUUUACAACAAUAAAAUAAAUAUUUUGUUAUCUGUUAGCUUCAGUGGAUUUUUUUUUAAUACUUAUUUAUUUUGAGAGAGACAGAGAGUGCAAACAGGAGAGGGGCAGAGAGAGAGAAAGAGAGAGAGCAAAUCCCAAGUAGGCUCCGUGCUGUCAGUGCAGAGCCCAAUGCGGGGCUCUAUCCCCCAUGAAUCGAACCAUGAGAUCAUGACCUAGGCCAAAAUCAAGAGUCAGGUGCUUAACUGACUGAGCCACUCUUUUUCUUUCCUUAAAUGGAUGACCUAUAUGAAGGGUUUUGUUUUGCAGGCUUAGGGAGUCUAUACUUAACAAUCAUCUUCUAGCAAUUUAUCUUAAUUUUUUGUGAGAAUCUCUUUGAGAGUUAAUAUUCCCUCUGUAUCAAGAGCCCAGAAACAGGAAAUAAGAUUCUUGUGGCUUACUGGGUGUCUGUGCAACUUUUUAAAUUGGAGUGUACUUUGCAUACAAUAAAUACACAGGUUUUAAGAGUGGUAUUUGAGUUUUAGCAAAGGUACACAACUGUGUAACCAUCAACCUUUGUGACCCUUUCCAGUCGUCUUAACUCCCCAUUUCCCCUCCACUGUUCUGACUUCCAUCACUGUAAUUUGCAUUUGGCUAUAUUAGGACAUUACAUAAAUGUUACACAGGAUAUACUGUACUCAUUUGCCUUUGGCUUUUUUCAUGCAACCGGAUGCUUUGAAAUUUCUUCCAUAUUAACAAAAAGAUGACUAAUUUGUGCCCUCUUUUUUUUUCUUCUGACCAGUAUUCUAUUAUUGUAUGAAUGUAUUGUAAAUUGUUUAUCCAUUCACCUGUAAUGGACAUUUUAAUUGUUUCCCGUAUGGGAUUAAUAUGAAUAAAGCUGUUAUGAAUAUUUUUAAAUUGGCUUUUAAAAUAAUAUUAAAAUAGAAAUUAAAGUAUUCAAGGUCAUUAACUGUGGUUAGCAUUAUUAAUACAAAUAUUCACAAAUUACAAUUUUUCCCCACAGAUGAUUUUUAAAGUAAUGUAUAUGCUUUUGCGAUAAUUUAUUUAUUUUUAAAUUUUUUUAUUUUAAUGUUUAUUUAUUUUUGAAGGAGAGAGAGAGAGACAGAGCAUGAGUAGGGGAGAGGCAGAGAGAGAGGGAGACACAGAAUCUGAAACAGGCUCCAGGCUCUGAGCCGUCAGGACAGAGCCCGAUGCAUGGCUCGAAUUCACAGAGUGUGAGAUCAUGACCCGAGCCAAAGUCAGACACCCAACUGACUGAGUCACCCAGGGGCCCCUGCUUUUGUGGUAAUUUAAAACUAGGAAACAAGGACAGUUGUACAAAAAAGAUCAGAGGCAGAAUACAAAACAAGGGAUGUUUGAGAACUGAAACAUUUAACAGGUUGCUAAGAGAAUAGUAAUCAUCCUUGAAGGUCUUUUCAAUGUCUAACAGUCUAAGUCAGACCACUUUGUUUUCCAGAAGAGGCAAGUGAAGAUCAAUGGAGUCUGGUUUGGAGAAAGUACUGGAAAGAGCACGAGACCACAAGUGAAAUUGCUGUCUUGUUUUAGCUUUAACUACUUUGUGAUGUUAAGGGAAAUUCAUCACUUAACUUUUCUAAGCCUGAAUUCACCAAGCUAGAGCAAAUAGUUGGUAGAAUGUAAGCUUAGUGCCCCUUUCCAACUUUUGUUCCUGCCCAGUUUCCAAGCCUUCUUGGGAAUUUUAAAACUAAUAAAAUUUGUUCUCCCUCCUCUUUAAAUGUCAUGAUAGGGCCUGGAAUUCUUUGCAGGUAAUUUAGAGCCUAGCAAGUAGGUGUGCAUGUGUUGGACAGAACAGAGGGAGAGCAGCAAUCAGAAUAAUAUCCUUUCUAUAUCAUUUAUAUAUUGGAUUCUGAGUAUUAGUAAAAGGUUUCACUUUUGGUAUCUGAUCUAGAUCAUGUCUUAGAUCAUUACUAUCUUAAAUUACACAUGACUCAUAAGUUUAUAUCAAUGGAUCUCUCUCUCUCUCAUUCGUGCUCCGUUUGAAUUCCAUUCCAGUGUUCAAAUGGCACAAACCACCUUGACUUCUAGAAGCAAAAACUUAAUCCCAACCUCUCUUACAUAUGGGACACCCCACUCUGACUGGCAAAGCAAAGAAACUGGGUAGGGAAGGUCCAUGUUGAGAGGGCAAUGUCCCUCAAGAGGACCAACAUCCAGUAUCCAGUGGGGGCAACAGGUAAGCUCCCGGCAUCUGGUGUUGAGUAGCCAUUGCUCUGUGUAAAUCUGGUCAUGAAUCUUGUACAUUUUGUUCCUUCUGGUUUCCAAGCCUUUUGCGUGAUCUCUGCCCAUUGAAUAAGUUCCUUUUCAGCCUAAGUGAAGUGGUUGCUUUCUCUGGUUUGCAACUGAGAACUCAGUUACUCACUUCAUGCACUGGGUCCAUGUCCAAUGUUCUUCUGCUCUGAAAUCUUAACAAAAUUCGUUUCUAAAAGUGAACUGAAAGCCUUCAGGACCACAAGGUCUGCCUGCUGGGUUAGCUGAAUCUGAUGGGAAAUUUUUGAAGAGAAAGUAAACCUUUUGGUAAUGUGGAUGUCUUUUCCAAUUAAACAUUUUCAUUGUUCGCACUUGGGGUGACUUUGGAGAACUUCUCACUGCCCUCCACUGAUUACUGCAAGUGCUUACGGUUUGUAUCUACCAGGAUCUUGGAAGAGGUGAUCUAAUAGAAAGAGUGUUGGUCAUAAUUUUAGCUCAGGGCUUUGCCUGUGUUCUCCCUGGAAAUACUAAAUGACCUUUAGCCCAGUAAGCAUCUAUUGAAUGAAUGAGUGAAUGAGACUUCAUAGGCAACACUAGGAUUGCAUGCCCUCUAGAGGUAAAUCAGUUACCAAAACAAUGCCUAAGGCAUUCAUCCAGUGAUUGAAUACACCUCUCCACGUAUCCCACUUUUCACAACACCUUCAUGACUAUUUCAGGACUUUGAUAACUCACAUUCGUUCUGUCUCUGUUUCUUCUCCAAAAUGCUGGUUCUGAGUUUCAUGGAACAUAACAUCACGCGGCUGCACCUCCAGUGCUUCUGAAUCAAUAGGUCAGGGGUGGGACCUAUGAAUUUUUGUCGAACAAACUCCCAGGUGAUGCUGAUGCUGCUGGUCUACAGAACACUUUGCAAACCACUGCUCUAAACCAUCAACUCCCCCGGGGUUUACUUCCCAAAAGAUGUAAUACUACUACUUCCCUGCGCAGUCUUUUCUAGAUUACCAUUGCUCGUGUAAUCAAAACGAAUCCUCAGAGCUCAGCAUUAAAAGCCUUCACCACUUGGCUCCUGCCUAUUUUCCAUUUAAAUUUUGUCAUCAAACUGAGACUUUUAUGUGCCAGGAAUUCUAACACGCCCCGUAGGCUUUGGGUCCAAAGGAUACAAAAGCCAAUAAGGUUUUAUUGGUCAACUGAAAAGGAUUACACACCAAGUUUAAGUCAAUAAGGACUGAAAAGUGUCCAUCGGAUUUAGCAACCAAAAAUUCAAUAAGAAGUGCUUUAAUGGACCUAUGGGAGAAAAAAGUAGAGCACGAUGAAUUGAAGUGUGGGUAAAGCGGUAGCAUAGUGGAACUGGGGUGUGACCUCUAAGAAUUUUAACGAUAAAUGAAGGUGAAGUCAGAAUGUGGUUGUGCUUUUUAAGUUGAGAAGUACUUUAUCAUGAGUCAAUACUAAGAGGACAGAUUAGUGGAAAGGCUACAGAUGGAGAAGUAGCCAUAAUCAAAGGAGUAGAGUACUGAAGAGGCAGAACAGGCUAGCAUAUCUAGAACAGGUUGUCUUUGAAGAAGUUUGGGAUCGUCUCAGGCUUUCACAUCGGAGAGAAGACAAAACUGCAGAUGCACGUGUUCGAGGGAGAUUCAUUGGAGAGUAAGUUGAAAAAGCCCCUAUGUGGCCAAUUCUAUUUUCUCUGAGAGAAAAGGAAAAGAUGAUGGGGUCAGAGGCUCAGGAGAAAUGGUGAAGUGCUAAAUAGCUGCUUUCUCAGGCGUGAGAGAGAUCCUGGCUACCGGAGGCAGGGUUGCCAGACUGUUUAUAAAAGGUGGAAACUGGGGUCUAUGACUCGCCAUUGAUUGAAUUUCUCAAUUUGCAUUCAGAUUUUGUUGCUGUAAAUACAUACAGAGUAGGAAUAUUUUUGCAAUUAUAAACUCAGCUGAAAGCACUGCUGAAAAUAGAAUCUGAAACUCAGAUAACAUUGUGACUCAAAAACAAAAUUCACAAAAACCCUACCCACUAGAUAAAAUUCCAAACAUGGGGGGAAAUGAGAAAUUUGAAAAGUUACUGCAAAUAGUGUGUAGCAGAAAAAAUGAACUCUGUAGCUUUGACUUAAGCAAUCAUUUUCAAGCAAUUAUUUUUGUUUGAAGAGUGGAUUAAGACUCUGUUGUCUAGGUUGGUUGGUGUCAAGCUUCAGCAUAGAAGUGGGAAGUAUCUACCCUAGAUAAAAAGCAGUUUAGAAGAAGCUAGUAGGGAUACAGAGUGUGGAGGAAAGCCAAGGCCUAGCUAAACACGGUUUCAGAUCUGCAACUUCAAAGCCAAGAAAAGGCAACGUGAAGGAGAAGGGCUCUUCUAGGGAAAAAGAGGCAACUGAAUGGAAAGCGGUAAAGGCAGAAGAGGAAGUUGUAAUGAGGAAGGCAUUGCUAAACUGACAUUCGAGAACUUAGGUUCUGACCCUCUUCUGUCACUGCUGGGCACCACUCUAACUCUCUUAGGCUCUGUGUUCUCAUCUGUAAAGGGUGGCAUUGAACUCGGUGAUCUUCAGGCGAACUGCCAGCUCAUAACCUAAAAGGAUCAUGAAUUUUAAGAAGCCUGCAAUGGAAAAUCUCCCUAGCCCCGGCAUGAACAGCAGAACUGAGCUGAAAAGAAUAUAAAGGAAGUGUGGUUUCAUUUAAGAAGAAACUGUGAGGUGCUUUUACAGCAAGACAGUUGUAUGAUCAUCUGUGACAGAAGAGAAAAGAUAGCAGAAUCAACCUGGCUCAUAAACAGCUAUACAGUUCUCUAUGUAUUGUCUGUAGAAAGAAAAAAAAGACUAAGUCUUGACACCUUAUUACUGUCCCACAUUUUUUUUUUUAUCAAGGAAAAGUAUUUCUCUUAGGAGUAACAAUGGGAUGAUUCUGCCACACAGUCAGAAGUUGGGUCAUCUACAGCUCAGCCCCUAAUAACUGCCUUGGACAUUUCCACCUGGGCAUGGAAAAUGAAAAUGUAAAGCAGUAUGGUAAUCUGUGUAGUAGAACAUAAUUCCAUCAAUACAUCUCACCUUUAUUCUGAGAUUAUAUCUUUCCUAUUAUGGGAGUGGAAAAUUGUUCUUUCUUUCAUAAAGUGAUAGUAAUAGUAGACGGUAGGUUUUUAUUUGUGUUUAUUUCUUAAAUUUUGAGUCCUUAUUUGGUAAAAAUUAAAACCGCAAUCUUAUGUAGAUGAUUAACCCUAGUAAAAUCACUACCCAAUAAUUUUAGAUAAAUUAUUGAAGGUUUUAGAAUAUUGAUUGUUUGUACAUCUCGUAUUAUCUUUGCUCUCUCCUACCUCUACCACACAAAUAAUUCUCCAGAGAGAUACCGCUAAAUCUUAACCACCAUCACCCCAAAUCCAACAUCCUUGAAACAAAUUUGCUUAGUCCUGGGUGCUCCCCACAAUUAACUGGGUAAAUAAGUUUCUGGCUAUCUCACUGUGGGGAACUUGUUCCUUUCUGUCCUCAUCAGAUAGCUCUGAAACUAGAAAAUCCAGCAUCUGGGCCCCCUGCUAAGUUGCUGCCACACUGCCUCUCAGAAAAGCACCAGAAAAAAUGUGGGGCCCUUGUGCACUGCUGAAGCCCUUCCGAAAGAAAGAUCGGGGAGUUUCCCUUAACAGAAAAGAAAAUGCAGGCAGAGUUGAGCUAGUGACAUGUAAAACCACAUUUCCUUUGCUUCUUCCAUUUCUUUUCAUCUUCAUACCUGUGUGAACAAAGCACUAGCAAAUAGAAAGUUCACAUCCUGCAGGGCUACCCUGCUUUUCAUCAAAGUGUGGAGGGAAUUUCUGUCCCAGAUUGACACAGACUGGUCUCAUCUCAGAGAACAAAGUGAACCAGCAUGUGAGAUACAUAAAUAUCAUAGGAAACCACUAACUAUGUAGUGCUAAAGGGGACUUCAAGAGUCCUUUAGCCUUUAUUUGACUUGAUUUUGUUUUAUUUUAGAAGAGCCUUUCAAAACAAAAAGUCCUCUAAGAACAUAAAUUGUAACGUAUGAAAGUAGAGUUACUGCUCUGCAUGAAAGACAGUGGAGAUUCUUGGAACAAACUGCCUUCACAUCCUUCUUAGUGACUGCCCCCCACCCCCAGGUCCCCCAAACUGUCACCUACACCAAAGCUGUAGGUCAGCUCUGAGUGAUCUAUAGCCCUGGG